AUGUCUUUUGAUUUAACAGCUCCAUUUCAAGCUGAAUUUAGUAUUCGCGAUCAAAUUGAUCAUCGACGCAAAGUGGUGAUCAUAAGUAUUGCGGGUGCAUUUCGAAAAGGAAAAAGCUUCUUGUUGAAUUUCUUCCUCGAGUACUUAUAUUGUUUACAAAAAGCUCAACAGAACGAUAUAGCGCUGGACUGGUUAACGGACGAUACUCAAAUUCAAGGAUUUCAUUGGCGGAGUGGUGCGAAACGUGAUACGACUGGGAUUUGGAUUUGGGGUGAACCGAUUAUGAUCGAUUCAACGAACGGUGAAACGUAUGCUGUUUUAUUGCUUGAUACGCAAGGAACGUUCGAUAAUACGUCCACAUAUCAAUUAUGUACAAGUGCAUUCGCACUUUCAACGAUGCUUAGUUCAAUGCAAGUAUAUAAUUUAGUUGACUGUAUACAAGAGGACUCAUUGAGUCAUUUAUCAUUAUUUGUUGAAUAUGGACGAAUGGCACUCAACGAAAUGCAACAAUUCGGAACACCUUUCCAGAGUUUGGUGUUUGUUAUACGUGAUUUCAAAUCACCGGAUGAGUUUGCAUUUGGUAUGGAAGGUGGAAAACGCUAUUUGGAAUCAGUAUUAAAGAAAACACCCGAUCAGCCUGAAGAACUGAGAAGUGUUCGUGAUCAAAUUCAUUCGUGCUUUCAACAAAUAUUCUGUUAUUUGCUGCCACAUCCGGGUCAUAGAGUCGCAGAACGAAGUUCAUUCAAAGGUCAUGUGCGAGAGCUUCGACCCGUCUUCAGGGAAGAAAUCAAGAAAAUGACAGCAUCACUCCUCAACCCACAUACUCUACAACCGAAAACUGUGAAUGGUAAAGUGAUGACGUGCCGUAAAAUGCUCGACUAUUUUAGAGAAUACGCACGUAUAUUUAGCGGUACCACUUUGCCAGAACCAAGGAACAUACUGAACGCGAACGCUCAAUUACUUUUUAUGGAAGCAGCUAACGAAGCAAAAACUGCGUAUAUACGUGGCAUGGAUCGAGCCUGCUCAACACCACGUAUGAUGCCUGAGAAACGUUUGUAUGAAAUUCAUAUAAAGCAUGGCAUCACGGCGUUGAAUGUCUUCGAGAAGUGUCCAAAAAUUGGAAGUAACGAGAUUCGUUCAAAAAUCCUUGCACGAUUGCAGGAAGAACUUAAUCAUGAAUUGGAACACUAUAAAAGUUUGAAUGAAGAUAAACGUGUCACAGGCUGUACGUCUGCUAUGAUUGCUUGCGGUGAUUCAGUACUUCUCGGUGUGGGACUAGGCUCUGCAGCUUCAAUAGCCGUUGGCGGAGCAUGGUUGACUCUGCAAGCAGGUAUGGUAAGUGCAGGCGUUGUAGCCAUACCGAUAUCGUUGGGUGCUCUUCUCGCUAUUUGGACUUAUGUUUAUUUCGAGCCGAAAAUUCAAUCUUGUUUCAAAGGUGAUGAGAAACAUGAUAACACUUAA